UCCACUAGAUUCUCUCCCCUCUCUCGCUUAUCUCUCACGCUCUAUCUCUCACUCUCUCCUCCACUCUCCCUCACUCCCCCCCUUCCAUGGCUGAGCUACAGCCGUCGGAGAUCCCCGCCGCCGCCGCUCCACCGCCAGCCGCCGCCGCCGCGUCGAUAGCGCCGGCUCCGCCUCCAGCCGAAUCCGCCGCCGCCGCCGCCGCCGCCGCGAACAGCGGCGCGGCGGCGGCCAGUUUGGGGCAAGGGCUGGCUCCGAAGCGGCAGCGGCGGCCGAGCGUGAGAUUGGGCGAGAUCGGGGAGUCUCCUUACGACGCGCCGCCGCGGCGCGGGCCGAAGACGUGGCGGUUCCACAAGGACCCGUCUCUGGCAGCUAAGACCUCCAAGAUCCGACCCCUAACGAACCUCGUAAACGGCGCCGUAUCGGCCGGGGAAAAUUACGACGAGGCCAACGCCGUCAACGAGGACAACAACAACAACAACAACAAUUUCGCGUUCGAUUUGGGGAAUCGGAAGCCCAAGAUGAAGCCGCGGCCCACCAAGCGGGCGCGCACCAAUUGGACGGCCUCCUCUUCGAAAUUCGACGCCGUCAACGGCGGAAUCGAAGGCGAGAGCUUCUUCCGUGAGGAGAAAGACCACGCAGACCACGAAGAGUUCCGCGAUUUCGAGCCUGAGGGCUCCGAAAGCCCCUUAAAAGAGCAGAGCCCCGUUAAUUCCAUGGAAAACCUAGGUCUCCAGUAUUGGGACCGGCGCGCCAAUAGGGCACGCCUAUCGGAAAGCCGAGAUAACGAUAAUCUCAACAACGGAGGAAUUCACACAGAAAUGAAUUCCCAGGACCGGAGUUCCGGCGUGAGGGACUGGCUAAUCGGCCUCGGCCUUGGCCGGUACUCCCCGGUUUUCGAAAUUCACGAGGUAGAUGACGAGGUUUUGCCGAUGUUAACGUUGGAAGAUCUCAAGGAUAUGGGGAUUAACGCCGUCGGCUCCCGCCGGAAAAUGUACACUGCCAUCCUGAAGCUCCGGAAAGGAUUUUCGUGAGUACCAGAACUAGAUAUUAUAUAUAUAUAAAUAUGCAGUUAACUCUAAUGGGUUUUCUCUUUUUGUUCAUCUGUUUUCUGCCUUCUUUUUUUCCUAUAUUAUUAACCUGAAUAAUGGUAUAAAUGCUACCUAGUUUUGGAGUUAGAUUUCUUUCCUUGUUUUCUCAUGGUUUGGAUAUGUUUAGCUAUUGUGAAUAUGUACUCCUUGAUACACAUGAAAGUGACAAGAAAAAGGAAACUUGAUUUAGUAAUGUACCAUUCUCAUGAUGCCAAUCUUUCAAAUGAAGUUUAGAAGUGAA